AUGAACAUCAUUGGGCGUAAAUGGGUUUUUCGUACCAAACGAAAAGUUGAUGGUUUCAUUGAAAGACAUAAGGCAAGACUUGUAGCAAAAGGGUUUAAUCAACUUCCAGGUCAUGAUUUCUUUGAUACUUUUAACCCAGUGGUUAAACCAAACACAGUCAGGUUGCUUCUUUCUAUUGCUUUAUCUUCUGGGUGGACUAUUAAGCAAUUGGAUGUUCAUAAUACUUUCUUGAACGGUCAUCUCUAUGAAAGUGUGUAUAUGAAGCAACUGCGUGGAUAUAUUGGUACUUCCUAUCCAAAUCGUGUAUGUCUGCUAAAAAUGUCUCUUUAUGGAUUAAAACAGGCUUACCGAGCUUGGUUUAAUCGUUUGCACACCUUUUUACUAUCUAUUGGGUUUCAGGAAUCCAAAACAGAUGUGUCUCUUUUUUAUUACUCACAGGGAUCUGAUUGUGUAUAUCUACUUGUUUAUGUGGAUGACAUUCUUAUGAUGGGAAGCGAUACGAAUCUAGUUCUUCAACUAGUCUCAAAACUCUCUACUUCAUUUAAAAUCAGGGACCUGGGUAAACCAGGUUUUUUUCUUGGAAUUGAGGCAACUAAUUACAAUGAUGGGAUUUUACUUUGCCAACAGAGAUACAUGCAUGAUAUUCUAAAACGUGCUGGAAUGACAGACUGUAAGUCCUUGUCCACCCCAAUUGCCAUGUCAAAAUCCAUCCCCAUUGACGCAACUCCAUAUGAUGAUCCUACACAAUACAGAAGUUUAGCAGGUGCAUUACAGUAUUUAACCAUCACUCGUCCUGAUCUAUCCUUUGUAGUCAAUCAGUUAUGUCAACACAUGCAUGCACCUACAGCUACUCACUGGGAACAACUAAAGAGAGUAUUACGGUAUGUCAAAGGAACUGUAAAUUUUGGCCUACGCGUCAAGAAGUCAUCCUCUAGGGAAAUUCAUGCCUUAUCUGAUUCUGACUGGGUCGGCUGUCCUAAAGAUAGAAAAUCCACAAGUGGCUUUGCUGUUUUUCUUAGGUCUAAUCUAGUAUCAUGGGGAUCUCAGUUUAAAUUAUGGUGUGAUAAUCUUAGAGCUACAUAUAUUUGUGCCAAUCUCAUCUUCCAUGCCCGCACCAAACAUGUAGAGAUAGAUUAA